CAAAUAAAUACCAUUCCAUCUCCCUCUCCCCCUCACACAACCUUAAUAGAGUUUCCUUUCACUUGUAUAUUCACUAUUCCAUUCCUUAUUUUCCAUAUAGAAAAGAUGGUGAAGCUAGUCCUACUCUCCCUCCUUGUGGCCUUCUUCCUCCUCCAAUGCGGCACGACAUCAGCCCAGCCUGCUCAGGCUCCAGCGCCAGCAGGCCCCGAUAACAUCACCAAGGUCCUUGAGAAGGCCGGCCAAUUCACCGUGUUUCUCAAGCUGAUGAAGAGCACCGCUGUGGCUGACCAGAUCAAUGCCCAGCUCAACAACUCCAACAAUGGCCUCACGGUCUUCGCCCCGACCGAUAAUGCGUUUGCGAGCCUCCGGUCUGGCACCCUCAACUCGCUCUCCAACGAGGACCAGGUCGAACUGAUCCAGUUCCACGUCAUUCCGAACUUCCUCUCGACGGCACAGUUCCAGACGGUGAGCAACCCACUGAGGACGCAGGCUGGCGGAAGCGGCGAUUAUGAGUUCCCCAUGAACAUCACCACCUCGGGAAACCAGGUGAACGUCUCCACUGGGGUCACCAACGCGGCAGUUGAUAACACCAUCUUCUCCGACGGCCAGUUGGCUGUCUAUCAGGUCGACCAGGUCUUGCUUCCAAUGAGCAUCUUCGGUGCCAAACCCCCCGCACCGGCUCCGGCACCCGCCAAGUCCAAGAAGAAGAGCGCAGCCGCUACCACAGAAGGGCCUGCAGCAGAUAGUGCCCCCGUCGAUGCAUCAGAAGCGGUGAAAUCGAGCACAAGUUACUGGCUGGUGAUCAUCGGGGCGAUGUUGAUUGGGAAGUUUUACUUGUGACAUGGGAAAGGUGAAGUGACGUGGGAUCUAAGAAUGUGAAAUUUUGCCUUAUGGUAUGAGAAUUUGGUGAAUGGGAGUGGAGGUGAAUUCGUUUGAAUAAUUGCAUGUCAUUUGGGUGUCAAAGUGUAGUAUGAGAGAAAUUGUGAUGAGGGCAAACAGAUGUCAAGUCUGAGUCUUGUGCUUCUUCUGUUCUCUCUCUCUCUCUCUCUUUUCUUUUCCUUCAUUGUUUUUUUCUUUUUCAUUUUUUAUGUAUUGGAAAUUUUAAGGCUUUUCUUUUUUGUUUGGUAUUAUGUCUAAAGCAAUGAUGUCUUCCUUUUUAGUCUUUU